CGCAACUCGGCCAACUCAGCAAUAUGGAGAAUCUGAUACUUAAGGACAACGAGUUAAUGGGACCGAUUCCGGCCGAGUUGGGAAACUGCACGAGCCUCACUGUCUUCACCGCAGCUAACAACAAGCUCAACGGGUCAAUCCCGAGUGAACUGAGUCAACUCAAGACCCUUCAGAUUCUCAACCUCGCCAACAACACCUUGUCAGGGGAGAUACCGAGUCAACUCGGGGAGAUGAGUGAUCUCGUUUACCUCAAUUUCAUGGGGAACCAACUCGAGGGUGCUAUUCCACCAUCGUUAUCUCAACUGGGGAACCUUCAAACUCUCGACUUGUCAAUGAACAAGCUCAGUGGCGGAAUCCCAGAAGAAUUGGGGAACAUGCGUGAGCUAUCUUUUUUGGUUCUUUCUGGCAACAACAAUCUUAGUGGUGUCAUUCCAACAAACAUAUGUUCCAACGCAACAAAGUUGGAGCAUAUGUUUCUGUCUGAUAUUGGAAUUCAUGGUGAGAUUCCAUCUUCAUUGGGCCAAUGCCAGUCACUGAAACAACUUGACUUGUCCAACAACUCACUCAAUGGGUCCAUUCCCAUUGAAAUUUAUGGAUUGCUGUGGUUAACUGAUCUCUUGCUCCACAACAACACGUUGGUUGGUUCAGUUUCUCCCUCAAUUGGAAACCUCAGUAGCUUGCAGAUACUUGCAUUGUUCCACAACAAUUUGCAGGGUCCUCUGCCUGAAGAGAUUGGGAUGCUUCGGGAGUUGGAAAUCUUGUAUCUUUAUGAUAAUCAAUUGUCAGGGGAUAUACCCAUGGAGAUUGGGAACUGUUCCAGCUUGCAAAUGAUUGAUCUCUAUGGGAAUCAUUUCAGUGGUGAAAUUCCAAAAUCCAUUGGAAGGCUGAAAAAAUUGAAUUUCCUUCACCUAAGGCAGAAUGACCUUGUUGGUGAAAUUCCUGCCACACUUGGUAACUGUCAUAAGCUGAAUAUUCUGGAUUUAGCAGAUAAUCAACUCUCAGGUGGAAUCCCUGCAACACUUGGAUACCUCAAGUCAUUGGAACAGUUGAUGCUCUACAACAAUUCUCUUGAAGGUAACCUCCCUCACCAACUCACAAAUGUAGCAAACUUGACCAGAGUGAAUCUUUCUAAGAACAGACUGAAUGGUAGUAUGACUGCAUUGUGUAGCUCUAGAUCGUUUCUUUCCUUCGAUGUCACGAACAAUGCCUUUGAUGGUGAAAUUCCUCCCCAAUUAGGAAAUUCACCCUCACUUGAGAGGCUAAGAUUAGGUAACAAUAGAUUUUCUGGUGAAGUUCCAAGGACAUUGGGAAAGAUCCAUGAGUUGACACUGUUAGACCUCUCAGGGAAUGCACUCACUGGACCAAUACCGGAUGAGCUCUCUUUAUGCAACAGACUGUCUCAAAUUCAUUUACACAAUAAUUCUAUGUCUGGCCAAAUACCAACUUGGGUUGGAAGUUUGCCUCAGCUUGGGGAGCUUACCCUUUCCUUCAAUAAUUUUUCUGGACCAAUUCCAUUAGGCUUAUUCAGAUGUUCCAAAUUGCUGGUUCUUGACCUGAAUGACAAUUCUCUCAAUGCUAGUCUCCCAGCUGAAGUUGGUGAUCUUGCAUCCCUUACCGUUCUCAGACUUGGCCGUAAUAAGUUAUCUGGACCGAUCCCUGCAGCAAUAGGCAAGUUGAGCAAGCUUUAUGAGCUGCAGCUAUCUAAUAAUAGCUUCAAUGGUGAGAUUCCAACAGAAAUUGGAAAACUCCAAAAUCUCCAGACCAGUUUAGACCUCGGUUACAACAAUCUCUCAGGUGAAAUCCCAGCUUCUCUUGGGAAUCUGUUGAAAUUGGAAGCACUUGAUCUUUCCCACAAUCAACUCACUGGAGAAGUCCCUCCACAAGUUGGUGACAUGAGCAGUUUGGGAGUGCUUGAUCUCUCCUACAACAACCUUCAAGGAAAAUUGGACAGGAAAUUCUCUCAUUGGCCAGACGAGGCAUUUGAAGGGAACCAACAGCUUUGUGGAAGCCCUCUUGAUCACUGCAACAGUGAUGAUGCUUCCAGCAGAGAUCAAUCAGGCCUAAAUGCACCAUCAGUAGUGGUAAUAUCUGCCAUUUCAACUCUAGCCGCAGUUGCGCUAUUUAUACUUGCAUUCAGAGCCUUCUUCAGAAACAAACCAGAACAUCUUAAGAGAGACAGUGAAGCGAAUUAUGUGUACUCCUCCUCUUCAUCACAAGCACAGCGAAGGCCGCUGUUUCAACUCAACCCUGCUGGAAAUCGAGAUUUCAGGUGGGAAGAUAUCAUGGAUGCAACAAACAAUCUAAGCGAUGAAUUCAAGAUUGGUUCAGGGGGGUCAGGGACAAUCUACAAAGCUGAAUUGGCCAAUGGAGAUACAGUGGCUGUCAAGAAGAUUUCAGCGAAAGAUGAUUUUCUGUUGAACAAAAGCUUCAUAAGAGAAGUUAAGACACUUGGGAGGACAAGGCACAGGCAUCUUGUGAAGCUUAUAGGUUACUGUGGCAAUAAUGCAAACAAAGGAGCAGCUUGGAAUCUGUUGAUAUAUGAGUAUAUGGAGAAUGGGAGUGUAUGGGAUUGGCUUCAUGGGAAGCCAGCUACGGCCAGCAAAGUGAAGAGGAGCCUUGAUUGGGAGACAAGGUUCAGAAUUGCAGUGGGACUAGCUCAAGGAGUGGAGUACCUCCACCAUGAUUGUGUGCCAAAGAUCAUUCACAGGGAUAUCAAAUCCAGCAACAUAUUGCUAGAUUCCAAAAUGGAAGCACACUUGGGAGAUUUUGGACUUGCAAAAGCAAUCUUCGAGAAUUAUGACUCCAGAACCGAGUCUAAUUCUCUGUUUGCAGGAUCUUACGGCUACAUGGCUCCAGAGUACGCAUACUCCCUACGUGCAACAGAAAAGAGUGAUGUUUACAGCAUGGGAAUUGUGCUUAUGGAGCUUGUUAGUGGUAAAACACCAACAGAUGAAACUUUUGGAGCAGAGAUGGAUAUGGUGAGAUGGGUGGAGAUGCACAUGGAUAUGCAUGGCGCUGCACGCGAGGAGGUGAUAGAUCCUGAGCUGAAACCUCUGUUGCCUGCUGAAGAGUUUGCGGCAUUCCAAGUGCUUGAGGUAGCAUUGCAGUGCACCAAAACUACACCACAGGAGAGGCCAUCCUCCCGGAAAGUAUGUGAUCUUCUCCUCCAUGUAUUCAACAACAGGAUGGCCCAGUUUGAUAAGAUGAAUUUGGAUCAGUACAAAUUCAAGUGAAACUUGAUUCCAAAUAUAAUGCAGAGUAUAUGCCUCUGGAUUUGGAUCGUUGCUUUUAGUGCUUCGGGUUUUUUCCCCUUGUUUUCCUGUUUUUUUUUCCCCCUUAUUGUUUAGAUGCUCUAGAUUUAACAGCCAGCAAAAACCGGUCACAUACCGUUAAAUUCUACUAAUGAUUUAGUUUUGCUUAACUUUAGUACUUAAACCAGAUUGUUGCAUUUAAAAAGCUAAUUCCAAAUUGGAAAUUGGACAUUUUGCAUUA